GAAUAUUAGUGGCCGGCCUGCUUCCAAAAUUUCUCUCUCCUCAGCAAUUGCCUGACAGACUCGACUCACAAGGCUACCGGAGCCCUCGAGCUGUCUAUUCCUUCUGCAAUCAUGGCCUACGACCGGGAUGCAGGCCAGAAUAUGGCCCUCGAGCUGCAGGACGGCUAUGUCUGCUUCGGCCAGAGCUUUGGCGCUGACAAGAGCAUUGCGGGCGAGCUCGUCUUCCAGACGGGCAUGGUGGGCUAUCCGGAGUCCAUCACUGACCCCUCAUACCGCGGCCAGAUCCUCGUCAUCACCUUCCCGCUGGUGGGCAACUAUGGCGUGCCUUCGCGCGACGAGAUGGACAGCCUGCUCAAAGACUUGCCCGCCCACUUCGAGGCGCGCGAAAUCCACAUUGCGGGCUUGGUGGUAGCCACCUAUGCCGGAGAAGAAUACUCACACCACCUCGCGACUUCCUCGCUGGGCGCCUGGCUGAAGGAGCAGGGCGUGCCUGCCAUUACAGGCGUGGACACGCGAGCACUCACCAAGCGCAUUCGCGACGAGGGAAGCAUGCUUGGUCGACUCCUACAGAGGACCCAGACAUCUCCCAUCUCCACAACCUUAACCAGUGGCGCAGUCAACACCCAGGAGCUUGCCAAUGGUGCCGAAGAGGUCGAUUGGAGUGCCGACUUCGCAAAGGUGGAGUGGUUGGACCCUAAUAAGAAGAACUUGGUGGCAGAAGUGUCGACGAGCAAACCCAAGAUCUACUCGCCCGACCCAUCUACCGCCCUUAAGCACCCCUCGGGACGCCCUGUCCGUGUAGUCUGCGUUGAUGUUGGCUUAAAGUACAACCAGCUACGAUGCCUCGUGAGAAGAGGCGUCGAAGUGGAAGUCGUGCCGUGGGACUAUGACUUCCCCAAGCUUGCAGGCAAGGAGUACGAUGGACUGUUCAUCUCGAACGGACCGGGUGACCCAGCCAUGAUGAAGGACACGGUUGAACACAUCAAGACUGCAAUGUCUGAGGCUAGGACACCCAUCUUUGGUAUCUGCUUGGGACACCAGCUGCUCGCCCGAGCUGCCGGAGCCGAGACACUCAAGAUGAAGUUUGGUAACCGCGGACACAACAUCCCCUGCACCAACAUGAUCACCGGCCGCUGCCACAUCACAUCGCAAAACCAUGGUUAUGCAGUCGACUCCAAAACUCUCCCCAGUGGAUGGGAGGAGCUCUUCGUCAACGCCAACGAUGGCAGCAACGAAGGUAUUCGUCACACCUCGAAGCCCUUCUUCAGCGUCCAGUUCCACCCAGAGCACACCCCUGGUCCACGCGACACCGAGUACCUCUUUGAUGUCUUCAUCAGCACCAUCGAAAAGUCUAUUGCCAACUCUGCGGUGCUCUCGCGACCUGUCGAAUUCCCCGGAGGCACUGCCGAGGAGAACAGGCGCUUGACCCCCCGUGUCAACGUCAAGAAGGUGCUUGUCCUUGGCAGUGGUGGUCUCAGCAUCGGACAGGCUGGAGAGUUUGAUUACUCUGGAAGCCAGUGCAUCAAAGCUCUCAAGGAAGAAGGCAUCUACACCGUGUUGAUCAACCCCAACAUCGCCACCAUCCAAACCUCCAAAGGUCUGGCGGACAAGGUGUACUUUUUGCCAGUGACUGCCGACUUUGUGCGCAAGGUCAUCCAAAAGGAACGACCUGAUGGUAUCUAUGUCACUUUUGGUGGCCAGACCGCCCUUCAAGUCGGCAUCCAGCUCAAGGACGAAUUCGAAGGUCUCGGCGUCAAGGUUCUGGGAACACCAAUCGAUACCAUCAUCACCACUGAGGACCGUGAGCUCUUUGCCCGCAGCAUGGAGUCUAUUGGCGAGAAGUGUGCCAAGUCGGCUUCCGCUAGCUCAAUUGAUGAGGCCAUGGAAGUGGUCAAGGACAUUGGAUUCCCCGUCAUCGUCCGUGCUGCCUAUGCUCUCGGUGGACUCGGUAGCGGUUUCGCCAACAACGAGCAAGAGCUGCUCGACCUUUGCAAGAUUGCAUUCGCCGCCAGCCCCCAAGUACUGAUUGAGCGCAGUAUGAAGGGAUGGAAGGAGGUUGAAUACGAAGUUGUGCGAGACGCUCGCGACAACUGCAUCACCGUCUGUAACAUGGAAAACUUCGAUCCAUUGGGCAUCCACACCGGAGACUCCAUUGUUGUAGCGCCAUCGCAGACUCUGUCGGACGAAGACUACAAUAUGCUCCGAACCACCGCGGUCAAUGUCAUCCGCCAUCUCGGAGUCGUCGGAGAGUGCAACAUCCAGUAUGCCCUUAACCCCUUCUCGCGCGAGUACUGCAUUAUUGAGGUGAACGCUCGUUUGUCUCGCUCCUCUGCACUCGCAUCCAAGGCUACUGGAUACCCGCUUGCUUUCGUCGCUGCCAAGUUGGGCUUGAACAUCCCGCUCAACGAGGUCCAGAACUCAGUCACCAAGUCUACAUGCGCUUGCUUCGAGCCAUCGCUCGAUUACGUUGUGGUCAAGAUCCCACGAUGGGACUUGAAGAAGUUCACUCGCGUCUCGACUCUCCUUGGAUCAUCCAUGAAGAGUGUGGGCGAGGUCAUGAGCAUCGGCCGCACCUUUGAAGAAGCUAUCCAAAAGGCUAUUCGUUCGAUUGAUCCUAACAACCUUGGCUUCAACGAGACCGCGGCUCUGAUGGGUAUUGACCAAGAGCUCCAGACUCCCUCUGAUCAGCGUCUGUUCGCCAUCGCUAAUGCCAUGAAGUCUGGGUACAGUGUUGACAAAAUCUGGGAGAUGACCAACAUCGACAAGUGGUUCCUGAGCCGCCUCAAGGGCCUGAGCAACUUCGAAAAAGAAAUGUCUGGCUACACCACCGCCAGUAUCACCCAGCCUCUCAUCCGUCGUGCUAAGCAAUUGGGUUACUCCGACCGCCAGUUAGCCAAGUUCUGGGAGACCAACGAGCUGGCUGUCCGCCGCACUCGAGUCGACGCUGGCAUUUUCCCUGUCGUCAAGCAGAUCGAUACUGUGGCGGCGGAGUUCCCCGCGCAUACGAAUUAUCUUUACCUCACGUACAAUGGCACUGAGAGCGACAUCAAGUUCAACGAUCAGGGUGUCAUGGUGCUAGGCUCCGGUGUGUACCGCAUCGGUUCUUCGGUCGAGUUCGAUUGGUGCUCAGUCCGAGCGAUCCGCACUCUCCGCGAACAAGGUUACAAGACCGUCAUGGUCAACUAUAAUCCAGAGACCGUAUCGACCGACUACGAUGAGGCUGACCGCCUUUACUUCGAAAACAUCUCGCUCGAGACUGUGCUCGAUAUCUACACGAUGGAGAACUCUUCCGGUGUCAUUAUCUCCAUGGGUGGCCAGACCCCGAACAACAUCGCCCUGCCUCUGCACCGCCUGAAUGUCAAGAUCCUCGGAACAUCUCCUGAGAUGAUCGACAAUGCUGAGAACCGCUACAAGUUCUCUCGUAUGCUUGAUCGCAUCAACGUCGACCAGCCUGCUUGGAAAGAGCUGACAAGCAUUGAGGAGGCCACUGAGUUCUGUGACAAGGUGUCCUACCCAGUGCUUGUCCGGCCGUCUUACGUUCUUUCCGGAGCUGCCAUGAACACGGUAUACUCCAGGGAUGGUCUCGCUCAGUUCUUGCAGCAAGCCGCCGAGGUGUCAAAGGAUCACCCCGUCGUCAUCACCAAGUACAUUGAGAACGCCAAGGAGAUUGAGAUGGACGCUGUUGCUCUCAACGGUAACAUGAUCGGCCACUUCAUCUCUGAGCACGUUGAAAAUGCUGGUGUUCACUCUGGAGACGCUACACUGAUCCUGCCUCCUCAAGAUCUUGACCCGGUCACUGUGCAGCAGAUUGAGGAAGCUACCCGCAAGAUCGGCAGCGCCCUCAACAUCACCGGUCCUUACAACAUCCAAUUUAUUGCCAAGGAUAACGAGAUCAAGGUCAUUGAGUGCAACGUCCGUGCAUCGCGCUCCUUCCCAUUCGUCUCGAAGGUCAUGGGUGUUGACCUCAUUGAAAUGGCUACCAAGGCAAUGGCCGGCCUACCUGUCACCGCGUACCCGCCUGUCAAUAUUCCCAAGGACUACGUCGGUGUCAAGGUUCCCCAGUUCUCCUUCUCCCGUCUCUCCGGAGCCGACCCCGUUCUCGGUGUCGAAAUGGCGUCCACUGGUGAGGUAGCGUGCUUUGGCCGCGACAAGUACGAGGCCUACAUCAAGGGUCUCAUUGCCACUGGAUUCAGGCUCCCGAAAAAGAACAUUCUCUUGUCCAUUGGAUCUUUCAAGGACAAGCUGGAGAUGCUUCCCUCGAUCGAGAACCUGCACAAGAUGGGAUACAACCUGUUCGCCACGGCUGGAACCGCUGAUUACAUUCAAGAGCACGGCAUUCCCGUCAAGUUCUUGGAGGUGCUUCCCAGCAAUGAGGACCAGCAGAAGCCCGAGUACUCGCUUACCCGCAUGUUGUCAAACAACCUGAUUGACUUGUACAUCAACCUCCCGUCCAACAACCGCUACAGGCGACCGGCCAACUAUAUGAGCCGCGGAUACCAGACGCGUCGUAUGGCAGUCGACUACCAGACCCCCUUGGUCACAAAUGUCAAAAACGCCAAGAUCCUCAUCGAAGGAAUUGCGCGCCACUACGACCUGGAGAUUAGCAAUGUGGACUUCCAGGACUUCUCUAAGAUCCGCUCAGACAACGAGGACCACGCCACGCAGCUUAGCCGCAGGAAACAGUCUCUAUCUCUCCAGCAGCUGCUCGCAAGGUCGCCUUUCAAGGGGAAGCACAUCACUUCCGUCAAGCAGCUCAGCCGCGCGGACCUCCAUCUCCUCUUCACCAUUGCUCAGGAGAUGCGCCUCGGUGCUCAGAAGUAUGGCUGCCUCGAUGUUCUCAAGGGGCGAGUCCUUUGCACGAUGUUCUUCGAGCCAUCGACGCGAACCUCGUCGUCCUUCGAUGCUGCUAUGAAGCGCCUCGGCGGAGAGGUUGUCGUCAUCAACGAGUCUGUAUCUUCCACGCAAAAGGGAGAGUCCAUUGCGGACAGCAUCCGCACCCUUGGCUGCUACAGCGAUGCCAUCGUCCUCCGCCACCCGCAGGAGGAGUCCAUCGACAUUGCGACCAAGUUCUCCGACGUCCCGAUCAUCAACGCUGGCAACGGAAGCCGCGAGCAUCCAACUCAGGCUAUUUUGGACAUCUUCACCAUCCGUGAGGAGUUGGGAACCGUCAACGGCCUGAACAUCACCUUCGUCGGUGACCUCAAGUACGGCCGCACCGUGCACUCGCUCUGCGAGCUCCUCUCCCACUACGAUGUAAACAUCAACCUCGUCUCACCUGCGGAGCUCCCGAUGCCCAACUCUGUCCGCGACGCGCUCAAGUCCCGAGGCCAGCUCUCGACCGUCUCCAACGAGCUCAGUCCCGAGAUCGUCGCCAAGUCGGACGUCCUGUACUGCACUCGCGUGCAGAAGGAGCGCUUCACCGACCUGGCCAGCUAUGAGCGCACCAAGGAUGCGUUCGUCAUCGACAACAGGGUGCUCAAGGCGGCCAAGGACAACAUGAUUGUCAUGCACCCGCUGCCGAGGAACAACGAGAUUCACGAGGAAGUGGACUUUGACCCAAGAGCGGCGUACUUCCGCCAGAUGAGGUACGGAUUGUAUACGCGCAUGGCGCUGCUCGCUAUGGUCAUGGCAGCGUAGAUUGUGUUUCUCUCUUCAUGAUUCGAUUGGACGAGGCGUUUUUGAGAUUUCGACUAUACACCACACCAAAAGCAUCACAACUUGGAAGGCGUUCUUUUCUGUCAUUCAUUCCGUUGCCUAGAUAAUUAGGUUACAAGCAUUAGACCGGAGUUGCUCGCGUGUAGAUACGUCCCAUUGUAGUAACCAUCACUGGGUAGGGGGGACCUAUUUCAAAUUUUAUCCGAUGUACUUUAUUGGAUUUUGUAUAUCUGGGUUUGGGGGAAGCUAUUUCAUUUUUUUGGCGAGGUGGU